GAAACUGAAAGGAGAAGUAGCAAGCCAUCCGUCAGGGUAGCGUUGAGCUCUGGUCGAGAGAGAGAGGAGAGGGAGACCAUGGGGCGCUUCCAGAGCGUUGCUGCUGUGGUGGUCGUCAGCCUUCUCCUCCUGUUCCUAGCCACUGAUGCUGCAGGUUUGGGCGGCUCGUCUCCCUCCCCGGCGAGGCAGCUGCAGAAGCGUCAGCCACCGGAUCUGCCCCACUUCUGCGAAGGCGACGUGGAGUUCAUUCAGGACGACGAGGGUCCUGUGCCUGGAGAUCAGUUCGGCCUCCGGACCUUCCGCGUGGAGAUCAUCAACAAGUCGGCCCCCGGCCGCGUGCUGUCCAACGUCCGCGUCUCCUGCGCCGGGUUCCACGGCAUCGGCCUGAUCGUCUUGCCCCCCGGCGACUUCAGGCGCAUCAGCGAGAGAGAAUGCCUCGUGAACGACGGGGGCCAGGUGACCCCGGCCCAGUCCGUCGUGUUCCUGUACGAAAGCCACUCCCGGUACCCAUUCGAGGUCACCUCGGCCGCCUGCUAAGCCCUCCCCCAUCA